GAGCUAGAGCCAUGCAUCGGCUGUAUGGAGAUUCCGGCCAAUGUCCGCUUGGUGCGUCGCUGUCCUAGAACCGGCUCGUCAAUAGAUGCCCAACCCCUGGGCAGUGAUCCAGGUAAACUUCUGAUUAAUUUGGAUUUUGGUUUGGAGGUCGCCGCUUACAAAUUUGGAUGA